GCAACAGAGAGAAGCGUUUGGAAUUUAGACACCAUGGACGGCACACACUACUCUUGGAUUGACUUCCUGUUCACCUUUGGAGGUCUGCUGUUCUUCCUGGCUGAUAUCGGGUUGGAUGCAUGGGCAGUUGUGACUUUCUAUCAGGAGGAGGCUUACGUAUGCCUGGGUCUGCUGCUGCUGUUCCUGCUGGGCUCCUCGCUCCUGGCCCAGGUCUACAGCUGGCUGUGGUAUCGUUAUGACGACUACGCGACACACACGAGUGUUGAGAGCUGCCUGAACCCGCUGUCACUCAAGCUUCUGCAUGUGAUCCAGCUGGGAGUCUACCUCAGGUACGCCUCUGUAAUGGAGGUCGCUGUAAAGAGCUUCACCAGCAACAGCUGUGACCCCGCCGAGGAAGCCACCGUGUCCCUGAGCCAUGACCUCUGCAUGCUGCGGCUCAUAGAGACGUUUACCGAGAGCGCGCCCCAACUCGUCCUCAUCCUCACUGUCGUCCUGCAGAGGGGCACGCUCGACCCCAUGACAAUGCUCAAGAUGGUCGGUUCGGCCUCGGCCAUCGCCUGCAGCGUGACCAUGUACCACCGCUCCCUGCGCGCCUUCCUGCGCGACAGGCACCAGCAGACGAUCGUCUCGUCAGUGAUCUACUUCCUGUGGAACCUGCUGCUGAUCGGCCCUCGCCUCACCGCCCUCGCCCUGUUCACCUCCGUCCUGCCCUGCUACAUCUUCACUCACUUCUUGUGUUCCUGGCUGGCCUUGUUCUUCUUUGCCUGGCGGUCAAAGACCAGCUUCAUGGACAGCACCGGUGGGGAGUGGCUCUUCAAGGCCACCAUAGGCCUCAUUUGGUAUUUCAGCUGGUUCAAUGUGGUGGAUGGGAGAACAAGGUACAAGGCUUUGUUCUACCACCUUUACAUUGUGCUGGAUGUGGGGCUGCUGUGUGGUCUGUGGUGCUGGCAGGUCUACAGAAAAGAACCUUAUUUUGAAGGAACACCUGUCUAUGCCAUAUAUAUUAGUGUUGCCAUUGUUGCAGUAUACAUCCUCGGUCUCUCACUCAGAGUAUUAUAUUACAGAUUCUUUCAUCCAAAAGUUGCCAUGUUGAGUGUGAUGCCAGCUUUAGUACCAGACACAGUGGACGCAGAGAUGGUUAUGGUGCGCAGCAUGAAUGGCCCACCACAGCCAGCCCGAACGAGAGAGAACAAAAGAAUGAGGAAGCUGGCUGUGAACUUCUACUCCUGAUCACUUGACAGCCACAGGACCUGAGGCUGGACAGUCACACAGACGUGGUGCAGAGAGGACAGACGCAGCGUCAUGGGACUGCGUGGGCUUUCAAGGGUCUGACCGGCUCUGUGGUGCUUAAUGACUGAAACAGUUUCAGAUGACAAAAAGGGAAAUCUCCAGAGCCACCCAGCGGGUCACAUGGUAGAAUUAAUAAAUCCAUGACCAAAUACAUACACACAGAUUCAUAAACCAUACCCUUCACUUUCAAACCCAUGCUUUCAUGUUCGGUAGCUGUCCACGGAUACAAACCUGUACCUUUGGAUUUGUGAAAUGUGCCCCUGAAUUACGAAUCUGUAUUUGAUUUGAAACUGUACCCUCCGCUCUGUAAGCUUUUAGAUUUGUAAAGGGCUCCUUAAAAUUAUCAGUCUGCACCCUCACAUCUAUAACCUGUGCCUUUGAUUAGAUACCCUCAGAUAUGAAAACUCAGCUGUGUCCCUGAAUUACGAGCCUGAUCUCUGAUCUGUAAACCGCACCCUCAGAUCUGAAAGCCGUUUCCCUUGGAUUUGUAAACAGUAUUCUCGGAUUCACAAUUCAUGCACUUAAAUUACCUGUUUCUGCUGGGAGAACGGACCAUAUGGCUACAUGCACUCUAAUUCAAAGUCACACGGUAAAACAGCAUCACCUAGGCAAAUCCAGUUUAUCUAGAUUUGAGGAUUACUGCUGAUGUUUGUGAUGUUUUUGGUGCACUUCAGCGCACGAAUCAUCGCCUUUUUUGAUCUCCAAGUUCAACCUGAGGAUACGGACUCGUGCAUCCGAGGGCACAGAUUUGUAAUUCUAGGGUAGUGGUUUACAAAACUGUAUGAAACUGAUUUUCAUGUGGAUUUUUUUCUACCAUGUAACCGCAGAUUUUUUAUUUAUUGUAUUUUUUUUUUACCAAGUGCAUUAAGAAAAUUGCUCUGUCAUCGCUGUUUCUAUGAAAAAUAAGAGCUUGUGUGUGACGAAGCAUUUCCUCUGUGGUUUCCACUGGUGACGUCUGACCUGAGGUUCUCCUCUGAACGGAAGUGGCAUCAUUCAGAAAGUGACUGAGGGACUGGGAAACAGAUAUUUCGGUUUUGUUUUGAAGACGGCACUUUUGUUAUCAGACAAUUUGAUACAACUGUAUUUUUAUUUAAUGUUUACAGUAACGUAUAAACAAAAUAUUGAGCU